AUGUUGCAGGAUCAAGGGUGGAUCAUAAAGGUAUACGGUUGUGCAAUGUAUGCAUUGAUUAGGAAAGGGACUGAUGAUAUAUGUGGUGUGGAGAUAACAGAGAAUGUUGUGGCAGUGAAUGAAAAUACUUUCAGGAAGAGCAUUGCUUUCCUUCUUGGCAAUGAGAGUAUAAUAUGGCGACAUUCUAGAAACAAUUUCUUAGGAGUAAAACCUUUCAUGGAAUUGUUUCCACAGAUGAAUAGUGGCUUGCUUUAUAACAUCCUUUUUCCUGAAAGGACCAACAAGCUUCUUGUGGCUGAAAUAACUGUUAAUCAGAUGAUGAGAAAUUACUGGACAGAAACAGCAGCAUCUGUUGUUGAAGAGCGAAAAUUGAAAAAGGAAAAUGCUUCAAAUGGGUUUUUUGAUGAGGGUGGAAAAGAUGAAGCUGCUCCUACUAAUCUUUUGGAUGCGUUGUUCGAUUCAUAG